ACUGUCAAGUACGUCACAUUCUUGCAAUCAUCAUGAUUGAAAUCAUCGUUUUAUUUUUGUAUAUCGGUUCGGGGAUAACACAUACACACUGCGACUGAUAAAUCAUCAAAUUUAAACGUGUAAAAUCUUUUGAUUAAGGUCUCGCUGGUGUGGUCAUGUAAAAUUUAAUUAUUUUACCUCAGUGGAUCGUGAACCGUUGACUUAAACAAUCUCUCUUUGGUUAUGUAGUGCGAUAAACAGUUGAUGUUUAGGUUUGCGUAUUAGAAUCGGGAAAAGUUUUCGAGUUUUUUUUUUUAAUUUUUAGUUUUGCUUCUAUUUACUAUCGUAAAUUGAUAAUUCAUUGACUUCGGUGCCGAAAAGUUUAUGUAUAAACUCAUUGAAUUUCUGAAAAUGAUGGGAAAUCCACAGGAUGAAUUACACGCUGAUAAACAUGCCAAGUAUUUCGUCAGAUUUCUGAAGUUAUUGCCUGCUAGACUGUCAUCGCACGAUUCAACAAGAGUGACGAUAGCAUUUUUCGCUGUAUGCGGUCUAGAUGUAUUGGAACGCUUGCAUUUACUGUCCGAUGACACCAAAAAGGAAAUAAUCGACUGGGUAUACAGUUACCAAAUAGUGCCAUCCGAAUCGGGACCAAAGAACGGGGGCUUUGUUGGUUCAAGUACGUUGAAUAUUGCCAAUUCGGACGAGAAUUGCGGAACGAACAAGUACAAAUGGGGUCAUCUAGCUAUGACCUACACGGGAAUAGCCAUUCUGGUGACGUUAGGCGACGAUUUGAGUCGACUGAAUCGUAAGGCGAUUGUUGAAGGUGUUGCAGCGGUGCAGCGACCCGAUGGAAGUUUCAGCGCAACCAUUGAAGGUAGCGAACAUGAUAUGAGAUUCGUAUAUUGUGCAGCGGCAAUAUGUUCCAUGAUCGAUGACUGGGGUACGGUAAACAAGAAGACGUUGGCGGAAUACAUUCGAAAUAGUUUGCGUUACGAUUAUGGGGUCAGUCAACACCUAGAAAUGGAAUCUCAUGGCGGAACAACCUAUUGUGCUAUUGCAGCACUCUGUCUAACCAAUCAGUUGAACAUUUUGUCGUACAAAGAAAUUGAGAAAAUUAAGCGGUGGCUGGUGUUCCGUCAAGACGUUCAAGAUGGUGGCGGAUUUAACGGCCGGCCGAAUAAGCGUGUGGACACUUGCUAUUCGUUUUGGAUUGGAGCGACUCUGAAAAUAUUGGGCGCCUUUGAUUUGACGGAUUACAAGGAAAAUAGAAGAUACGUCAUGUCCGCCCAGAAUGUAACUGUGGGCGGUUUCAGUAAAUGGACAGGAACGUCAGCUGAUCCCUUCCACACCUAUUUCAGUUUGUGCGGUCUAAGCUUUAUCAACGAACCCGGUCUCGGCGAAAUAAUGCCCAGCCUUAACAUAUCAAUGCGUGCAUACAACCAAUUGAAGGCGCGCCAUAAGACUUGGCAAUUAGAGAAUAGUUUCAAUGAAACCCGAUUGAAUAUCGAUUAGAUAUUGAUGGAGGGACGAUUGUUAAUUUUGUACAUAAAAUCCAUUUUUCGUUUAAUUAAAAUAUUAAAAAAAUUAAAUGGAAAAUCGUUUUGUUUCAUGAUUGGAUAAAUAUUCAGUGAAUUAGAAUAAAGACCGCGCUUUUUAAUU